UCUCCUUUAUAUCUAUAUCUAUAUAUCUGUCUAUAUACACAUUUAAAAAGAAGAAAAAGAAGCAGAAGAAGAAGAAGAAGAAGAAGAAGAAGAAGACGUUAAAGAGUCUGAUUCCUUGGAUAAAAUCCAUACAGGACAAGUUUAUCUUUCAUGUACCGAGCUAUGGAUUGGUGUUUGAGCCGCUUAGCUGCGGUCCAUCGGCGAUUUCUAACGAUUUAAAGUAGUUUAAGGAUUUUAUAACCACGAUUGGUAAUCUGUUUCUUUCCACACAGGAUCCUGGCUGUACUGGAUACUUAAAAAAUGACUUUUCAACUAAGAAUUUACCUCAGUUUUGCGUUAAUGGGACUAACGUUAACGGAGCCCGAGCAUCCCAACCAAGUGGUUCUCCUGGACACCACAGCUGUAUUGGGGGAACUUGGUUGGAUGACCUACCCAGUAAAUGGGUGGGAUGCCAUCACAGAGAUGGACGAGCAAAACCGACCCAUCCACACCUUUCAGGUGUGCCACGUCAUGGAGCCGAACCAAAACAACUGGCUGCGGUCAAGCUGGAUCGCGCGACAGGAGGCGCAGAGGAUCUACGUGGAGCUGCGCUUCACGCUGCGUGACUGCAACAGCAUCCCGUGGGUAUCAGGUACCUGCAAAGAGACCUUCAACCUGCACUACUUGGAGACGGACGAGCCUCACAGCCAUUUUCGUACCUCUGACUAUGCCAAGAUAGACACGAUCGCAGCCGACGAAAGCUUUACGCAGACGGACGUGGGCGAACGAGUUCUCCGGCUGAACACGGAGGUGCGAGAGCUAGGGCCCGUACGCACCAAAGGCUUCUACCUUGCCUUCCAGGACGUGGGUGCGUGCAUCGCUCUGCUCUCUGUACGAGUCUACUACAAGAAGUGUCCGUCCACGCUGAGGAACUUAGCUGCCUUUCCUGACACGGUGCCUCGUGUCCACUCGUCUGCUCUGGUGGAGGUGAGGGGAGCCUGUGUGCUGAACGCUGAAGAGCGAGACACGCCACGGCUGUACUGUAGCGCUGACGGGGAUUGGCUCGUCCCACUGGGAAGGUGUGUGUGCAGCGUUGGCUAUGAAGAGACCGAUGGCCUCUGUCUGGCCUGUAAAGUCGGCUUCUACAAGGCCUUCGCAGGGAACAUCAAGUGCUCCAAAUGCCCUCCGCACAGUCUCAGCCACUCUGAGGCGUCGGCGUUGUGCCACUGCGAGAAAGGCUACUACAGAGCGGGCAAAGACCCGCCGAGCACCGCCUGCACACGACCACCCUCACCUCCACGUAAUGUGGUGUACAUCAUGAACGAAACGGCCCUGUUCCUCCAAUGGGCUCCUCCCAGCGACACAGGCGGCCGUAAGGACUUGACCUACAACGUCAUGUGCCAGCGCUGUAGUGUCGAAGGCCAGUCCUGCCAACCGUGUGACAGCGACGUGCGCUUUGUGCCGCCACCUGUGGGCCUGACGCGCACCUCUGUGGCUGUGCAGGACCUUGUGGCCAACGCUAACUACACGUUCCAGAUCGAGGCGGUUAACGGCGUGUCUGGGAUGGGACGAGCAGUGAGACAGAUGGCUAACAUCACUGUCAGCACCGCACAAGCUGGUCCCUCCUUGGUGGCAGCGGUGAAGAAGGACUGGGUCACUCAAAGCACCAUCGCUCUCUCCUGGCAGGAAGCCGAACAGCCGCAUCCUGCCAUCCUGGACUACGAGAUCAAGUACUACGAGAAGGAGCAGGAGCAGCUGAGCUACUCGUCCACUCGCACUAAAGUUCCCAGCACGAUCGUAAUGGGCCUCAAGCCGUCCACAGCGUACGUGUUCCACAUCCGAGCUCGCACUGCGACCGGCUACAGCAGCUACAGCUCCAAGUUUGAGUUCACCACAGGGGACGAUGAUUCGGAGGAAGCGUCUGAUCAGGGCCAGGUGUUGGUGAUCGUCACGGCGGCCGUCGGUGGUUUCUCUCUGCUCGUCAUUCUCACGCUUUUUCUUCUCAUCACGGGCAGGUGUCAGUGGUACAUCAAAUCUAAGAUGAAACCGCAGGACAAGAGAAGGACACAGUAUCAGAAUGGACACGUGCCGUUCCCAGGAAUAAAGACCUACGUCGAUCCAGACACUUAUGAGGAUCCGACUCAGGCUAUUCAUGACUUUGCUAAGGAGAUCGACCCGUCUCGUAUCCGUAUAGAGAGAGUCAUCGGAGCUGGUGAAUUUGGGGAAGUGUGUAGUGGUCGUCUCCGCACUCCGGGGAAAAAGGAGAUCCCUGUGGCCAUAAAGACCCUAAAAGGUGGCUACACAGAGCGGCAGCGGCGGGACUUCCUGCGAGAGGCGAGCAUCAUGGGACAGUUUGACAACCCUAACAUCAUCAGACUGGAGGGUGUGGUCACGAAGAGUCGUCCUGUGAUGAUCGUGGUGGAGUACAUGGAGAACGGCUCGUUGGACUCUUUCCUGAGGAAGCACGACGGACACUUCACCAUCAUCCAGCUAGUUGGUAUGCUGCGCGGCAUUGCCUCCG